AACCCAGAUGAUCUUUUCGGCAAGAAGAUCGGUGUUUACAUCGGCUCAUGUUUCUCUGAAGCUGAAAAGACUUGCUUCUAUGAAGCUUCUUCUAGGACUUUCAAUCUAUCUGGGUGUAGUAAAACAAUGUUUGCGAAUCGUAUCUCGUACUGGCUGAACGCGAAGGGUCCGUCCAUGUCUAUCGACGAGGCGUGCUGCAGCUCCACCGCGGCGCUAGAGCAAGCUUACCUCGCCAUGAGUCGCGGCGAGUGCGAGGCUGCUAUCGUCGGAGGCGCCUUCUUGUGCCUGCAUCCGCAGUCCUCAGUGCACUAUGGAAGGAUUAUAAAUCUUUGCCAGGAUGGUAAAACCAAGUCUUUUGAUGAGAAUGCUGAUGGAUGCGCUAUAUCUGAAGCUAUCAAUGUACUUUUUCUGCAGAAAGCUAAAGACGCUUUAAGAAUUUACGCCGACGUAUUGCACGUUAAGUCGGAGUUUACGGGUCUGCUGCCUGGGGAGACAGGUCCUCGAUACGGGUUCUACCGAGACGUUGACAAAACCAAGAACUUUAUCAAAACGUUCUACGAGGAAGCUAAAGUACCCGCGCAAGCUAUCGAAUACGUCGAAGCCUUCGGCUGUGCUUUACCGGAGGUUGAUAAAAUUGAGUUGCAAGCCAUUGAAGAGGUGUUCUGCAAGGACAGAGAGGAUCCUCUGCUAGUUGGCAGCGUUAUGUCCAACGUCGGCUACAAUGAAGCUGCUUCUGGAAUCACCGCCAUCACAAAGGUGUUGCUGGGAUACCACUACGGUAAACUAGCAGCCAACCUGCAUUGUGGCAGUCCGCGGCAGGACGUGGCAACACUGCGUGACGGACGCAUCCGCGUGGUCACCGAGCACGAGGGGUUCAGGCGCAGCCUCGUCGCUGUCAACGGACUGUCCGUCACCGGCGUCAACUCACAUGUACUGCUUAAUGGCCACUACAAACCUAAGGAUCCCACUCGAUACAAGUCCAGUAUACCAUACCUAGUGACAAUAUCAGGGAGACAUGAGGCUGCCGUGAAGUUUGUUCUGGAUAAUCUGAAGGCAAACCCCAUAGACCCCGAGCAGCUGAGGCUGCUCCACAAUGCGCAUCAAUCAAAAACUACGGGACACUUGGGCAGAGGAUUCACAAUUCUACAGACUGAUGAGAAACAGAAAACUGUGAGUCUGCGUGAGCAGGCCGAGUACUUCGACGAUGCUCGCAGACCGCUGUGGUUCGUGUACAGCGGGAUGGGCUCACAGUGGCCCGGCAUGGGUGCGCAACUCAUGCGUAUACCUAUCUUCGCUGCUGCUAUAGAACGAUGCAGAAAAGUAUUGCAAUCUAAAGGACUCGAUAUUGUUGAAAUCAUUACAUCAACCGAUGAAAAGACUUUUGACAACAUAUUACACUCUUUUGUGGGAAUAGCUGCCAUUCAGAUUGGUCUCACUGAUAUCCUUCGAGAGCUGGGACUUGUCCCCGACGGAAUUAUUGGUCACAGCGUGGGUGAGCUGGGAUGCUCGUACGCCGACGGCUGUCUGACGGCGGAGGAGAUGAUACUGUCCGCCUACAGCCGCGGCCUGGUGUCGCUCGAGACUCCCUUCAUACGCGGCUCCAUGGCCGCCAUCGGUCUGGGAUACGAACAGAUCUCUCCAAUGUGCCCUCCUGAAAUCCAAGUAGCUUGUCACAAUGGACCUGAGUCCAGCACUAUUUCGGGACCCGCUGACAAGAUGCGCGAGUUUGUCGCGGAGUUGACGGCUAAAGGAAUUUUCGCUAAAGAAGUUCCAUGCUCCAACAUAGCAUAUCACUCACGUUAUAUAGCUAAUGCUGGACCGAAGUUGCUCAAGUAUUUAUCCGAGGUGAUCAAGGAUCCGAAGCCUCGCAGCGAACGCUGGCUGUCGACGUCAGUUCCGGAGGAGAAGUGGGAUGAGCCGCCAGCGAAGCUCUGUUCUGCUGAAUAUCAUACCAACAACUUGCUCAGUCCGGUGCUAUUCGAGGAGACCUCUCGACUGAUCCCCGACAACGCGGUGCUGGUGGAGGUGGCGCCGCACGGGCUGCUGCAGGCCAUCCUCAAGCGCUCGCUGCCGAGCUGCAAGAACAUCGCGCUCACCAGGAGGAAGCACAAUGAUAACGCCUUCUUAGUACUCGAAGCUAUCGGCAAAUUGUUUAUGGAAGGAUACAAUCCCAAAGUUCACGUUCUGUAUCCAAAAGUUGAGUUGCCGGUGUCCACGGGAACACCAUUUUUAUCUCAUCUCGUCAAAUGGGCAUAUGUUGAGAAAUGGUCGAUUCCCAUUUAUAAUUCAACUAACAGAACGACAGCAGCUUCCUGCAACUACGUGACUUCCCUUCAGGAUGAUGAUAACGCUUACUUGCAAGGACACGUAAUAAGAGGGCAAACGUUAUUUCCGUAUGCUGCUACCCUGGUGUUGGUGUGGGAUGUGUUCUGUAUGACUGCCGGCGAGCCGAAGAAGCAGCAGUCGGUGGAGUUCACUGACCUGCAUCUGAUCUCGCAGCCGAUAUUACACGACCAGCGACAGCUUCGACUAAACCUGUCUCUCCAGAGAGGAACUGGCAGAUUUGAGGUUUUGAAUGAGGAUUCUCGAGUCAUCAGUGGUGGUAUAAAAAUAUUUGAUACUGAAAAAUCAAAACCAAAUUAUGACAGCGAUACCACAUUAAAUAUAGAGCUCACGCAAGAUGAUAUUUAUCGUUUAUUGAGUGAAAGAGAUUACUCGUACAGCGGUGAGUUCCGCAGCAUCGAGGGGUGUGACAGCGCGCUAAGCGCGGCGGCGCUGGCGUGGCGCGACAACUGGGUGACGUUCCUCGACGGCUUGCUGCAGCUCAACAUGCUGCGCCAGCCGCACCGCGCCGUCACGGUGCCCACGCACAUCAGGAGCAUCUCCAUCGAUGUCGACCAGCAUGCUAAAUGUGUGAAACAGUCUGCUGUUUCGGACUUCAAAGUUUCAUUAAAAGCUGAUGUCUCUGAUCAGUACUACAAUACGAAGUGCGGAGGAGUCAUAAUACAUAACGUAAAAUAUGAAAAACUGCCUCUCUUGAAAAAUAAAGAAAUGGUUCUAAAGUCUCUGAAUUUUAUACCUUUCAAAACAGAAAUAGAUGCGUCAUCUUCUCUUGAAGUUCACCUGCAAAUUGUGGCGGAAAAUUUGAGUAAAACAAAUCUCAAUGCAGUUGGAAUAGUUAACGAACUAAUCGAAAUUGAUAAUGCUCUGAAGAAAAUUUCUAGCCUCAAUAUUAAAUACUCGGAAAUAAGCCGAGCUUCUGCAAUAAAACAACAAGAGAACUUGGAACUAAAAGAUGUUGAUAUAGUGCUCGUACAAAACCUAUCAACUGAUGAUGAAUUGUGUCAGUUACUGCAUCGUACUUUGCAACGAGACCAGUUCAUAGUGAGCGAGGAGGACACGUUCGGAGGUCGCGCGCGCCCCUCGUCUCUGUACCGCGUGGUCUCCGCGCACAGAAUAGUUCGCGACGGCAAGAAGCAGCAGUCGCAGCUGCAGCUGAGCCGCUGGGGAGCUGCCACGCCUGUCGCCACAACCACCACCACAGUGCGAUCCCAAGCCGACAUCCCGUACCUUAUCUCAACACGCAAUAACCUGUCCGCGGGACAUCGCCUGUUGAUCAUAGCGCCGUACCCCUCACUGCCAGGACUCAAAGAACUUGUGAGCGGUUGGCGUAAACAAGAUAACGGUAACAAGAUCCAGCUGAUCAUGGUCGGCAAAGAGAGCAUGGAUAGCUUCUACUGCAGCGACGUACCAGAUGUUGAACUGGCAUAUAACGUUGUGUACAAUAACCAAUGGGGAGGGGAGUACUAUACCUCUUUGGUAGACUCUGCGCCUGUAAGCAAUGUGACUUUACAAUGCAACCAGUUCGGUGAUUUUGAUUCACUCUCGUGGGUCGAAGCGACAGAGAAUAACGAACCAGGACUCAAAGUCAAGGUUCACUACGCUGGUAUUAGUUAUAAUGACAUCAAGAAGGCUGGUGGAGCGUUGUCAUUUGGACAAAACGUUAUAAAUGACUACGGAAUGGAUUUCAGUGGGACCACGGAAAGUGGUGUUCGCGUGAUGGGCUUGGUGCGAGGUGGAGCAGCCAGCAGCGUGGUGCGCGCGCAGUCGCAGCUGCUGUGGCCCGUGCCGGUACACUGGAGCCUCGAGGACGCCGCCACCGUGCCGCUCGCCUACGCGCACGCCUUCUACUGUCUCGGAAUUAAGUUAUACAAAACAAGUUACAUGCAUAAGUUAUGCAAGAAGCUGCAACCCCAUACAACUGUGUUGGUGCACGGAGGAGCCGGGACCUUAGGUCAAGCUGUCUUGUCAAUCGUACUGGCUCACGGCUGCCAAGUAUACACUACCGUUAGUGAUAUAAAGAAGAAACGAUUCCUACUCAAACUGUUCCCAGGAUUGAAAGCUGAACACAUUGGCAAUUCUCGUGAUGUUAGUUUCCAAGACAUGGUCCUCCAUGGUACAAAAGGAGAAGGAUGUGAUAUCAUUAUAAGCUCAGUGAAAAGAGACUUGACAAAAGUAUCUCUUUGUUGUCUUGCAUCUAACGGAGUAUUUUUUGAUGUGUCACGACUUCAUAACCAAGAAGACGAUUUUCAGUUCGGACUAUUUAAUCUCACUAAAAGAAGGACAUAUAGUACUGUCGAUUUCACAACAAUUUUUGAAAGUGAUAACAAAGAUAUUAAGGCUUUGCAGCGCAUGAUAAGUGAGGGCAUCCGUGCGGGGUACGUGCGUCCGCUGUCGCGCGUGACGUACGCGCCGCACGAGGCCGCGCGCGCGUUCCGUCUGCUGGCCGCCAGCCGACACCGCGGCAGGGUGCUGCUCAGGAUGCACGAACAACUGCCGCCAGCACAGCCUAGAUUGAAGUGCUCUGCUGAUGGUUGUCAUCUAAUAAUAAGCAACGAUGAAACAUUCGGCUUGCUGCUAGGCGACAGACUCGUACAACGAGGAGCUAAAAAGCUUUGUUUACAUUUCAAGAAUAUAUCAUUAAAUUACCUUCGGUUAAAACUACGAUCUUGGCAGAAGUUAGACGUGAAAGUGGAAGUAAUGUCGAACGAGUUAUCAAAGGAGUCGGACAUCUCCGCAGUGGUCAGUAACGCCCAGCGCCUCGGCCCAGUGGAAGGAGUUUACGUCACGCUAGCAGACAAUCAGCAACACAUUGACGAAACUAAACUCAACACUUUGGACUUAGUAUCGAGGAAGUUAUGUAAAGAUAUCAAAUACUUUGCGAUAUUGAACACCGGUACUAAUACUAUUGGAAAGGACGUGAUCCUUGGUCGAGUACAUAACAACUUGCCUGCAACAAUGUUAUCGAUGCCUGAAAUAAACCUCGAAUCUAAUAACGAGGUGGUAUUGUAUCGAGGUGCGGUUGACCUGACCGAGAAAGCUCUGCGUGGAAUACAGCACGUGCUUCUUGCGAGCACCGUUUCUGAACACCAAACUUCGCUUAUACAAAAAAUCGUUGCUCUUGCAGGGACGCCUAUCAAGCAGACACUGGAAAAGAAUACAACUUUGGAAGAAUUGGGCGUAUUUAAUGACAAAAUACAAGAAAUAUCUCAAUAUUUGAAAUUAACUUAUAAUAUUGUGUUCGACGAAAACAAAAUACCUUUCUUGACAGUUGAGACGAUACAACAAAUAGAAAAUUCAAUCACCAAACCAGAAUUCAAAGAUGAGAAGGGCUUGUCUACCUUCUUUACGUAUGUGGACGGAGAUGAACUUGUCGCAACGACAGACUUCGUUUGUUUGCCCAGCCUUGUCAACAAUUCUUCGAUGAGAGACGAUGAAUUCGACGCAACCCAAACCUACCUGUGCAUAGUGCCGGGCAUGGAGGGACAUCACGAGCGGUUCCGGCUGCUGUGCGAGCGCCUCAAGCUGCCCGCCAUUGUACUGCAGCCGGGGCUCGACCACCCUCGUGAGACUAUGCAAGAGACCGCUAAGCGAUUCGUUGACGUCCUCUUGAAGAAGAUGCAAUUACAAAAUAACUUCUACCUCUUAGGCUACGAAACAGGAAUCGCGAUAGCAUUGGAGAUGGUGGCUCUUUUGGAAGACCGAGGUUUGACGGGCACACUAUAUUGCAUCGGAUUCGCACCAGACGAGCUCAAGGUGGAGUUGGACGAGCAGUUGUCGGAGUUUGCGAGCGAAGAGGAGCUGCAGAACUCCGUGGCGCGGCACAUGUUCACUCUGAUGGCGGGCGGCGACGCUCGCGGGCUGGGCGGGCUGCAGGCAGCUCGCACGUGGGCGCAGAAGGUGGAGUUGUGCGUGCGCACUCUGCUGGGGCGCGUGCCGCACUCGGCGCAGUACGCGCGCGCGCUGCUGGAGACGGCGCUGUCGCGCAUCCAGCGCGCGCGCGCCCACGUGCCGCGCGUGCGGGCGCUGCGCUCGCGCCUGGUGCUGCUGCGCGCCGCCGCCGCGCGCCCACAGCCGCCCGCGCGCGCGCUGCAGCAGCACUCGGAGCGCCCGCUGCGAGUGCACCAGCUAACCUCACCACUAGCACACGCCACCGCAGACUUGCAGUGCGCCGCCGUCAUCAACAGAUACCUGCACCCCGACAUACUGCAACACUUCCACAAUAAGAAUAUUUGUAAUACAUAUCUUCUCAAUCCUGGUUCCGUCUCUAUGUCUCUCGAUGGUCCUGACCAAUAAAGACUUUUUAAAUUUCUAA